GUAACUCCUUGUAGGUAAGAACCUGCAUUUGAACUUUGUGUAUAUUUUGUUUUGACGUAUCAACAAUUACGCUGCCCAUUAAAUUUAAACUCUUUCAUGCACAAAUCACUUUCUUCUGAAAUCGGACAGAACUGAGAAAUUUCUGCAGCACUCAUCAUCAGUGAUCCAUCACACACUUUUCAAUAAAUUUUGUUUUGCCGAUAGAAUAUGUCUGCUCGAUCCAAAAAACAAAAAGGUUCAGAAGCUGAGAAAAAUGACGGCAGUCCAACAUCCUCCUAUUCAAGAUCUGUUACCAUAGAACGUAGUCAUACAUCGUCAUCCGGUGGAACACCUCGUAAAAGCGCUUCGCGUAGUGAACGGUCUAGCAGUCCAUUAACUAUUAGUCGAUCGGAAGAAAAAGAUGAACUUGCCCAUCUGAAUGAUCGUCUAGCAGGUUAUAUUGACUAUGUCAGAAAAUUAGAGCUUGACAAACAAAAACUUACACGUCGUAUACAAACUGUUACAGAAGAGCGUAUGAGUAAAGUUGAAGAAGCCAGAAAAACCUAUGAAGAUGAAAUUACAGCGCUUAGAAAUUUAGUUGAUGAUCUAGCUAAACAAAAAUCGAAAGCAGAACUUGAUGCAAAACAAUUGAGAGAUGAAUUGAAUGAUAUGAAAUCGAAGGCGAAUAAAAGAGAAUUAGAAAAUCGUAAUUUACAAAGAAAAGUGGAGAGUCUUGAAAGAGAAUUAAGCAAAUACAAACAAGAUCAUGAUGCCUAUCAGCCACUUCUUAGUGACUAUCAUGUUCUAGAGAAAAGAUUUGAAGAGAUGAAACGAGAUUUAGAAGCUGAAACUUUACUACGCACGGAUUUAGAAAAUAAAAUUCUUGGACUUAAAGAACAAUUGGAUUUCCGUUCUCGUCUAUUCGAUGAAGAACGUGAAAAAUUAGUUGAACGUAGUAUGUAUAUUGAAGAAGAAGUUGAAGGCCGAAAACAAGCAGAAUACGAAAGUCGGCUGGCCGAUGAACUCAGAUCAAUUCGAGAUCAGACAGCAAGUGAAUUAGAAGAGUAUAAGAUACAAAUGGAAGAAACAUUUGAGAACAAGCUUGGACAGCUGAAGUCAUCAGCUAAUUUCAGUGCUGAAGAUGCUACUCGUCAACGAACUGAACUGUUGAUAGCUCGAAAGAGAGCGGAUGAUCUUUCUCAUGAUUUAUCCAAAAAAAUUGCCGAGCUCGAUCUGCUUCAACGAAGAGUUGCUGAUCUCGAACGACAAUUGGCUGAUGAAAGGCGUGACUUUGAAUCUCAGCUACUUUUCCAACGUCAAGAGGUAAAUCGAUUGAAAGAAGAACUAGAGGAGAGUUUCCGUGAAUUCACUGAUCUUAUGAACACGAAAAUUGCAUUGGAUCAAGAAAUACUAAUGUAUCGAAAAAUGUUAGAGGGUGAAGAAUCCAGGCUUAAUCUGACACCAGCUCCACGAGAUUCACCGUUCAAUAUUCAACCUGGUAGUAAACGCCGGCGUACUGAAGCAGACUAUGAUGGAGAUGAAUCGUCUGCCAUGUUAACAGGGACAAGCUUUAUGCCGUCUCGUUCAAGAUUCGCUUAUCGUGUGUCAUGCACUACACACGGACCGUUGGAAUUCUUUAAAGAACAGGAUAGCCAUGGAAAAUGGAUAAAGAUACAUAAUACGUCGACAGAUGAAGUAACAAUGGGCAACUGGGAGCUUGUUCAUGAAGCUGAUGGGCAUGAAACUCGUUACAAAUUCUCUCGAUCAUUCGCUUUGAAACCGGGUGCAACAUGCACAAUUUGGAGUCAAGAUGCUGAAGGCAGUUCACACAAUCCACCAGCUGAUGUGACAAUGAAGAAUAAGAGUUUCCAUUCAGGCAAUGAUAUUACAAUAUUAUUGUUGGAUUCAGAAAAUGAAGAACAAGCUAAAUGCACUGUGAAACGUGAAAGAAUACGUUCAGCAGGUGUUGGUGGUCGUAAAGGUGGUAUGCGUGGACACGAUGAGAAGUGUCAUCUGAUGUAAUGGUGUGGAAAGAAGAAGCUGUUGGUGGUGUAGAUGAUGUAUUGUGACUUUUUUUGGCAUUAUAUCAUCGAUAAACAAUUUGUGUGUGUGUUUGUGUGUAAUGUGCAUUUGUUUUUCUCUCUCUCUCUCUUUCUUCAAAAACAAACAAUAAAUGUCCCGCCCCCCCGUUUUGUUACCAUGCCAACGAACUGAAUAAUACUGAAGAAAAACGAUGUGACAACAACAGAUGACAUUUUGCUGUCUUUUGCUACUUCUUCUUUGUAAUACAUUUGCAGAUCUGUUGAAAAACGUGUAUCUGUACGUGUCUUUAGUGUAUGUAAUUUCUCUUCUUGACCCGAGUGAGACAAUUGAAUGAUCAUUAACCUCGACAAGAACACCUUCUGUCUCUUUUGUGUGUGUGUGUACGUUUGUGCUGUGUACGCUGGUGAAGUCAAAGAAGAAGAAGAAGAGGGACAAAGGUGUGACGUGUGUAAUACCUCGUCGUCGUCAUUAGCGUCAUCAUACUUGCACCAAUAUUCACCAAUAUGUUUCUUACUAUUUUUGGUAUCACAGUUGCGCCCAAUUGAUCUGGUCUCAUUAUUUAAUUAGCAUGCUAAAAUUAUAUUUUUUCUAAUCUAUUAUAGAUGCACCUUUACCCGUGUUCUCAUCUGCCGUUGUGGUUGUUGUUUGUCAUUUUUAUAUGACUACUCUUCAGCUAGCUUACUCGCUUACUUACUUACUUAUUUGCUUACUUACCUCUACGAGUCAUUAUAUUGCCCAUUUUUUUUUGUAGCUUCUGCUUUAUAUAACGCGCUAUUUGUGUGUGUUUCUUUGUUAUUAUGGUUAGUUGUCAUUUGUUGUUCUCUUCUGUUCAUCGCAUAUAUAUGCAUACAUAUGACUUACACGGCUCUCUGCACAGCUUUAAGCAUCAUAAAGGUAAUUAUCGAAUUCAUAACCGAUUUUUAUUACUAUUACUAUUGUUAACAUUGUUCGUAUCCAUCUAUCUACCUGUCUGUCUAUCUAUUGAAAUAGGUAUUUUUCUAAAUAUAAAUAUACAUGUAUAUUCAUCAUAAGUGUACACUCCUCUCAUACAUUCAUACUAAUUAUAAAGUUCUUAAAACAAAAAGUCAACUGUUGUUCCAAA